AUGGCGGCUGCGGAUCCACACAAGAGCUCGUCAGGACAGAUCAGCCAAGGCCGGGUCGAGAUUCCGCCGCACAUUGUCGCGGAAGCCAUGGCCGCGCUGCGCGGAAACAAGGGCGAGCCGGCGCUCGACGUGCGCUGGUCCGCGCCGAUUUCGGAAAACGAGAUGCGCUACGUCGAAGACUACGUCAAAGCGCGUUACCCGGCGAUUUUCACGGAGUGCAUCGUGGGGCUCGGAUUCCCCAUGCCGUGCGUGUUAGAGGAGCCCGACGGCGGCGGGUAUCGCGGCGGGGGAUUGUCCCCCAUGGCGGAACUUCUCGCGAUGGAUGACGAGGAGGGGGACGCGGAGGGGGAAGGGGGAUACGGCGGAAUGGGCGGAGCGGGCGCGGUCUUCGGAAGGAGUAACAGCACCGUAAGCGCGGGGGGGAGCAGCAGCGGAACGGCGUCUCCGCAGUUCCGCGCGCACAGCAGCAGUCCCACUGCGGCGGGGGGAGGAAAUGUGGUUCCGCUGAUGCGCGACUCGCUGCAGCAGCAGAAGCAGCAGAUGGAGCAGCAGAUGCAGCAGCAGAAGCAGCAGAUGGAGCAGCAGCGCAUGAUGAUGCAGCGCAACGGCCCUCCGCCCUCCUUCUCCGCGUCGUCCCCGUCGGAAAACAAGUCGCGUCUCUUCUCGCGCUUCGUCCCCUCGGGAACGGUCACCGCGACGCAGCCGGGGCGCGCGCUGCUGAACCCGAGCAGACUGCGGGACAUCCUGUUGGAGAGCCGUGACGUGCUGGAUCUCUCAAUGAGCGUCUCUGUCACGGAGCUCCACGCUCGGAGGCGCAUUCUGCAGCAGUGCGGUGUGGAGAGCGAGGAGUACCACAUAGUCUUCACGCCCUCGGUGCAGGAGGCCAUGGUGCUGGUUGCUGAAGCGUACCCUUUUCACCGCCACAACGUGUUCCUCACCGCUUUGGAUCAGACUGAUGACAGCAUCAGCAUGUUUGCGACGCAUAAGGACUCCAAGGUGAUCCAGGCGCCCCUAUCAUGGCUCGACCUGCAGAAGCCGGGAAGCCAGCUCAGCACCAAUUUCAGGCGCAAGAGCAAAGCCAACCCUAAGGGUCUGUUUGCCUACCCCAUGUGUGCAAACGGCCAAACCUUCUCCCUGCACUGGGUGUCUGAGGCUCAGCGCACCUGCUGGCACGUGCUGCUAGAUGUGACCGCUAUUGAGCUUGACUCGGGGGUGUUCAACCUGACUGCUCACAAGCCUGAUUACGUGCUCUGCUGCUCCCCGCAUAUCGUGGGUUACCCCCCCGUCCUCGCCUUCCCUGCAACCACCAAACUCCCUCCCGCCAUGGCUUGGUGUCAAUUUGCUCCAGUUUUUCAAUCGUCAGACCUGCCGCCAUCCCCGCCGCCGAUGUUGCCGGUCGCCGGCGAGGCUGACGGUGGGCCGUUGCCUGUGACCGGCAAGUCCAUGAUGGAGUGGAAGGACUCGGUUGUCCGGGCGGCUGCGGCGAUGGGAACGACGCCGGCAAGCGACUCGUUCGACUCAUGUUCCUCCGAUACAAGCUUAUCUGAUUCAAGCACGUCGGAUUCCGCGGCCCUUACCUCUGAGUGGAGCUCUAACUCGCUACUUAGUCUAAGCUCUACUCGCUCCGAAGAAGCGGAGGAUCUAAGUAGCUCUGAGGGGUCUGGGGCCGCGUCUCCUGGUAGGCCGGCUUUGGCGGAUGCGGCGUCGGCAGCGGCAGCGGCUGAUUUACAGAGAGUGCUGCUGUUAGCGGAAAACGCAGGGAAAUUGGAGGAACUAGCGGAGAAUGCGGCGAGGAUGGGCCUGGUACCAGAGACGACAGCGCUCACGUUGAACGUGGAGCGAGCAGCGGCUGAUGCGGCGGAAGCGGCGGAGACUGCUGACCAGGUUGCUGACGUCAUCGCUACUGUCGGCCCUGCCACGCCCGCCGCUGCUUCUGCUCCUGUAACCAAAGCAUCUCCUGCAGCUGCUGCCGCCCCGCCCGCCGCAUUCGUCGCGAUGCAGCGGCGGUCCGCCACGAGCCGCGCCGUGCACAACGCGGCCCGACGCGACGACGUGGAGGAGCUUCGAGCGCUGCUGGCGGAAAGUCCGGAGCUGAUUAACGCGCGGUCGAGCCUGACGUGCCAAACCCCCCUGCACGAAGCGGCGGCGGAAGAUGCGGCGGAGGCUAUUCGUGUGCUCCUGUCGUUCGGCCGACCGCCGUCAGUUGCGGGGAGUGGCGGCGAGGAUAGGGAGACGCGAGAGGACGCAUCAGGCGCAAUCCCUGCGGACGUCGAAGCGCGCAACAUGUUCGGCGAGACGCCUCUGCACAUCGCCGCCAAGUGCGGCAGCGCGAGGAGCGUCAAGGCGUUGCUCGAAGGCGGCGCGGCCGCCAACGCCGCUGCGUCGAAUCGCGCCACGCCGCUCCAUCUCGCCGUCUGGGCGGCACUCAACACUGCUGACGUGGCAGCCGACUGCAACGCGGGAGGGGCUUCGGCUGGAACGGGCCAGCCGACGAUUCUGGAAGUGGUGGAGCUGCUGCUGAAGCACGGUGCUGACGUGGCAGCGCAAGACAAGGAUGGGAACUCCCCUUUGAGUCACGUUCAAUCAGGCAACUCAUCCGCUACAAGCACCAGCAACAACAGCGGUAUCCGCGCUUCCCUUCGGCGAAUCCUCGACCGCCACGUGGCACUCCACGCUCCGUCCCCGACUCCGUCCCUCUCCCCCAGCUCCGCAUCCGUCGUGAUGCAAACGCUCGAGAAAGAGUUAUCCUCUUUAAUAGGCCUCCCGCUAUUGAAGCAGCAGCUGCGCGUGUGGGCGAAAGGCUUGGUCUUAGAUCAGAAGCGGCGGGAAUUGGGAAUCCGCGUGCAGCCGCGCAAACCCCCGCACAUGGCUUUCCUGGGCUCCCCGGGCACGGGGAAAACCACCGUGGCGCGCGCGCUUGCGCGGCUGUUGAAUUUAGUGGGUGUUUUACCCACGGAUAAGGUGGUAGAGGUUCAGAGAACGGAUUUGGUGGGCGAGUUUGUUGGGCACACAGGCCCGAAAACGCGGCGGAAAAUUCUGGAGGCGGCUGGGGGAAUUCUUUUUGUGGACGAGGCGUACCGGUUGGUGCCGCAGCAGCGGUCAGAUGAAAAAGAUUAUGGCGCGGAGGCGUUGGAGGAGAUCAUGUCGGUGAUGGACUCGGGCAGCAUUGUUGUGAUUUUCGCUGGCUAUGCCGAGCCAAUGAAGCGGGUCUUUGCAGUGAACGAGGGGUUUCAGCGGCGUGUGUCACGAGUAUUCGUGUUUGAUGAUCUCUCUCCACUCGACAUUGCGCAAGUCAUGCUGUUGAAAAUGAAGCAGGUGGCUGGGGAACCUUCUACUAACGGGGAUGAGCGUGACGUUGCAUCCCAGCAUUACUCCAUCGUCCCUAGCAGCUGUUAUUGCCCGAUCAACCACAGAGGAGCAGCGAAGGCAGAGGAAUGGUGGGAUGGCGCUGCCUGUGCUAAUGGACGCGCGAGAUCGACUGGACGAACGGCUGGAUCUUGA